AUGGCCGCGGCACGCAGCAAAGUCCCACCCAUUGGGUCCGCUCAAUGGGUCCUUGAUGAGCGACAUCAAUCGAACGAUUUGGUAGCCCAAGAGUUGGAGGACUUUGGCUUCUCUGUUCGCAAUGAGCUAGAGUGGCUCAACGAGCACAUGGCCGACAUCUUCGCCUACGAUGGACAAAAUAACUUGGACGUGUACAAAACGCCUGGCAAACUACGUGGAAAGACGCCGCGCACAGCACGAAAGAAGAAUGCAGAGCCGCGUCAGCCUCUUGGCGACCUAUUCACAUCUAACGCACAGAAUCGGCCGAGCCCUGCCCAGCAAAGUCUCCAGAAGAACCUACACAAGAAUCUUGCCAAGGCAAGGUUUCAAAUCGCCGAGGACACUGAGAACACAGCCCCAGCACAUUCUCCCACCCGAUCGCCAGUGCCUCGCCCUCUCUUCGUGAAGCCCAUUGGCAAAGGCAAGGAGAAUCAAGACUCCGGCUACCAUGCAAACACGAGCGAAGACGAGAUGCAGGAGCACCGCCCGGCUCCUGCCCGCUGGAGCCCCGCUCCUUCUACGCAAGACACUGUCAUGUACACACAGGACACCACCCAGAUUUUCACACAAGAAGCAACGCAGUCAACACAGCCCACGCAAGCCAUGCUGUCGAUGCAGCGAUCGAUACAGCAGUCGGAAGAUGAGCGACGCGACACCGGCGAGUCAUUCGUGUCCGCCAAAGAGGCGUUCGCGAGCAAUAACGCUUCGAAAGAGAACUUGCACGAACAGUACCGUAGCGACGUGAUGGAAGUAGACGAUAAUAAGCAGGACAAGACAGAGUCUGAUACGGCCGACACCGUCAUCCGUCACAAUGUUAGCUCAAUCCACGACACUACAACCAUUCAUCACACUCUGAUGCGGUCCCCUCAGCAGCAGCCCAGAGUCAUCUCAGAACAGUACAGCACAUCGGCCGAUUUCCAAGAAGGCCUUGAUACGGCUACUCAUCGUGUGCAUGCGCCGCCCUCCAAAAAGGCUAUUGUUCCCUCUGAACAGUAUGGCGUCUCUGCUGAGACUGAUGCAGCUUUGGAUGUAGCCGCUCAUCAGGAUGACACCGUUGUUCACCACGACAUCGAGGAUCAGAUGGAUCUCGACGACGAGGACGUGCGCUCACCAUCGGAUGGCUCUAGCCCCGUCAAGCCUCUGGUCAGGAAGAGCAGUCUCACGUUCGCGUCUCUCCCUGCACGUGAGCCAUUACUUGCGAAGAAGAGCAUGGGCAAUCGCGUCUCUCGUACUAGCCACGUCGACCAAAGCAAAUCGCGUACAAGCCAGCUGGGCAGGUUCACUGGGGGCAAAAGCCUUGGAGGAUCGCAGCACGCUCCUGGAGUCGAGACGCGACAUGACGAUGCCCUGAAUAUUGAGGAUGAAAGGCCAGAAAUUAGGCGCGAAGAGUCUGAGACUACAAAGCUUCACAACAAAACUUCGACCCAACGUCUGGCCGACCGAAUCAACAUGCUCAAGCAGAAGAACGAGCCCGCUAAGCGCACCAGCCAACAUUUAGUCUCGUCACAGCCCUCGCAGCCCCUAAGUUUUGCCUCGUCCCAAGCUGCUCAGCCUUCCCAGCCCGCCCAACCGGUAUACCCUGUUCUUUCCCUAGGGGAACCAGAAAAGGAUGAUGACGAUGACUGGAUCUCCCCAAUUCGAAGUACAGCACCUUCUGCUAACCUCGCACGGCCGGUGCUAAGCAAGAGUUAUUCCGCAGAUACGCGUCCUCCAUUUGUAAAUGGGCCAAUCUUUCAGAAGCCGAUCUCUGUCUCCAAUCCGGAUAGGUCAACAGUUGUGGAGUCAACCACUCCGGCUGGCUCUCCGACUGGUAAGAAAUACAUGGACGGCCCUCUCAGCGCGUCAAAAGCUAAGUUCUAUUCAGCUCUUCGCGCGGCAAAGGAGAAGAUCAUUGGGUCCAGUGCAACCAGCGCUCAAGUCAAGCUUGAUGCACUCGUUGAGGGGCCAAUGCGUCCGAAGCUACAGCCUCAAAGUUCGUCUGAUGAUGUCUUCAGUCCAAAACGUAAUGAGAAAGCAGGAACAUCAAUCUUUUCUCACCUUCGUUCUCCCUCAAAGGAGUCGGUUAAGUCAACAAAGUCUACUAAGAUUUCUCAAAUGCCUGGUAGUCCUAUCAAGGAUGAUGGGUGCAGGACUCGGAGCUCUUCGGAGCGUGAGAGGCAGAAAGAGACUAAGGAGAGGGAGGCUAAGCAGAAGCAACGAACGGAGGAUAAGCUGAAGGAAAUGCGCGAAAGGGAGCAGUCGAAAGCUGCUGCACAUUACCAGAAGACCAAGGCGGCAGCAGCAGCAGCAGCAGCAGCAGCAACAACGAAAACUCCAAUUCCUAUGCCGCCACAGCCGAAUGUCAGGCCGGCUCCAGCUCCCUCAACGGCCAAGACCCCUGUUUCUAUCCAACAGCAACCAUUAUCUCGACCAGGUACUACUAGGAUCAACACUACCACCAGAAAUCCAGAGCCGGACUUCGGCGAUGAAAUGCCACCUCCGCCACCUCCAAAGAGUCUUCUUCCUACUGGAACAGGCCACAAGCUCCGUGAGCCUAAGAGACUCAUUAAAACUGCGAGCAAAGACCAGUUACUCAAAGCGAAACCUCAAGCCAUUAAAGUCAACCUCCACAGAUUUGGACAAGCUCCUCUUGUAACGUCGAAACCCGCCCCUCCUGCAGCUGCUGCGAAGCCUCCCCCAGCGCCGCCGAAGUCUGCCCCGGUCGCGGCUCCUAAACCUGCUCCGAGACCAGCGCCUCCAGCCGCAAAGUCUGCUCCUCGAAUAGGUCGACCACAACCAACGAAGGUUAUUGAGAAAUCGAAACCUGCACCAGCACAAUCUCGUGCAGAUCUCGGUGCUGCCAGGGCUGUAUCUCGAAUGCAAACUGUCCAAGAUGCAAACCGCAUCAACGUCCCUCCGGUUAACCCGGCCAAGCCAGCCAAGCGUCCUUUCCAGCCUGAGAACGACGAGCCUCUUCACCGACCUGCAAAACGGCCUUCGCAGCAGAUGAAGUCAAAGCCAGUUACUCCUGCACAUGCUCAAUUUGCACAAGGGAAGAUUCCCUUCGCUGAGCCUGCACAACCAACAAUUCAAUACCCUAAUGAUGAAGAAAUCAAACUACCAGAGAUCAUGACAGACUCUGAAGACGAGGAUUCUGAGAAUGAAUUCGAGGUGCCGAGCUGGGUCAAUACCCCGAAUCUACAGGAGAUGUUGAAGACGCAACAGCUCAUGGACCCCGAGCAGAUCUUUGGCCCGAUUGCUCCGUUGAAUAUGGAGCAGAUAUUUCCAAACAAGGACAGGCACAAGAAGUUCCGGGAGCGCACUAGCAGUGCGUAUUGGAGUAACGAUCAGGUUACGGAAGAGGAGAAGAGAAAGGAACGAGAGGCGAGAGAGCGCUUGGCGAGGGAAGGAGCUUGGUCUUAUCAUCCCUCUCCAGGCCCUUCGAACUUGCAUUGAGUGCGC